AUGUCAGCCAUUGCAGCAACCAAGGCCCAAUCUAGCCAGCAAGCAAAAUCACUGUAUCGACAGCUACUACGGCAAGGCGAGCAAUUCGCCGCAUACAACUUCCGCGAAUAUGCGAAGCGGAGGGCCCGGGAUUCCUUCAGAGAACACAGGGAUGUGCAGGACUCAAGGGAGAUACAAGAGUUGAUGCAGAAGGGGUUGAAGGAGUUGCAGGUGAUGAAGAGGCAAACGGUUAUUAGUCAAUUCUACCAAAUGGACAAAUUAGUGGUGGAGGGCGGGAAAGCAGGCAAGGAAACAGGAAGCUCGGGCAGUAUAGUCAGACAGAAGGAUACUGGCUUGGAUUGA